GGGGAGCUUGGACCUGCGGAUCACCUCCGCGGAGACUGUCGAGGACUCUCAUUUUUUUCGACUUCCCUUUAUUAUUUCGAGCACACAUCGUCCACACAUCCCUCUUCUCCGGACUGCUCUGUCCCGUCAACUUGGAUGGCUCGUCUGUUGCAGUCCCUGCGACAGGCAUUGGGACUUUCCUCAUCCAAGCCUCUCCCCUCCUUUCGACAGUCCAUCGACACCAACUUCACGGUCUUUCGAGAGGGCGAUAGAGCCAUCAUUCACGGAAAGACGCCGGUUUUGACGAAGCCAUUGACAAAAGGCCAGAAGACAGAGGCCCGGCGCGGAGUCCUCAAGCAUGACGACAUAAUCGGAAAGAGAGUACGGGAUCUAGUGCAGGCUCACAAGGGACCCGAGUAUCGCUUGAGCCUCCCCAGUCUCGAGGAAUAUGUCGUCCUCACGCCUCGCCUUGUCACGCCGAUCUAUGCAGCCGACGCCAAUCUGAUCGUAUCGCUGCUUGAUAUCCAUGUCACCCCGCCAGCCGAGGGCGACGAACAGCCUCCGCUGGAAAUCCUCGAGUCCGGCACCGGCCAUGGCUCUUUGACUCUCCAUCUAGCACGGGCCAUCCAUGCCGCCAAUGCCUCCCCUCCUCCCCUUCCGGGUCAAUCGCAGAUCAACUUCGUCAAGAAGCAGCAGAAGCCCCUGGUCGACGCGGAAACGGUGCCAGGGAACCAGCGCACGAAUCCCGCCGAGGAGGAUCCAGUGCAGCAACAAUGGGACGCGUGGCGUUCCCGGCGCAGAGCCGUCAUCCAUACCAUCGAUGUUUCCCCCAAGUUUUCCGCUCAUGCGGAGAAGAUCGUGCGAGGGUUCAGACGCGGAAUCUAUGCUGGCAACGUCGAUUUUCACGUGGGGCGGGCGGAGGAUUGGAUCGCCGAUCAAAUCCAACGUCGAACGAAAUCGAGCAUUUUCUCAUCGGGAAACACAGAUCCGUUCUUAUCCUACGCGAUCCUGGACAUGCCCUCUGCUCACCUCCGCAUCCCCCAUGUCGCUCCGAUCUUGAAGCGGGACGGCAUCUUGGCGGUGUUUAUGCCCAGUGUGACGCAAAUCGGAGAGUGCGUUGAUCUUAUCCGCAGAGAGAAACUGCCGUUCAUCCUGGAACGAGCUGUCGAACUAGGAUCGGGUCUGAGCAGCGGUCGGCUCUGGGAUAUCCGUUUCGCAGUCAAAAAAUCUCGUGCCGAUCCAUCUUCGUGGACUGAUCUGGCUGCUCAAGGUUCGGAUGGGCCAAAGAUGGAUGAGGCGUCUGAGGACGUUGACGUCGAGAAUGAACCCGCGUCUGAAGAAGAACAAAAACAACAACCACAAUCACAGGAUAAAAACGACAGCGUUCUAGUCUGUCGACCAAAAGUCGGAACGAGAAUUGUCGGAGGAGGCUUCGUGGGAAUCUGGAGGAGGAUAGAAGAUGAGAGAGCCGCCUAAAACUCGUCUUGUUCAUACAUUGUGAAAAUCUCAAUUGGAUACCCCUAUACAACAGCGUGUACUAUAUACUAUAUCCUGAACUA